AUGCAAGAAUGGUGUGUAAUUGUCUAUGACAAGCCAGGUACAGAUAGAAUGAGUGUCUUUGAUCAGCAUGUGAAUGGUCUUCCUGAAACAAUUAAGAAUGGAAGCAUGAUAACUGGAGGUCAGAUCAACGAUGAUAGCGAUCCAAGAAAGCCAAUUGGUUCUAAUUUGACCAUUAGAGCUGAGACUAAAGAGGAUGUUAUUAAGAUUUUGAAGAACGAUGCAUUUUAUAAGAAUGGUAUCUGGGAUGUUGAAAAUGCGAUCAUCCAUCACUUAUACUGUGUAUAUAGAGAAGGUUUGGAGUAUCAACUAUAA